AUGGACGACGAAUCUCCUUUGCAGGACGGCAAUGGCAAUCAUCUCCGCAAGGCUGAAUGGUACUGGGCUGCAUCUCGAAUGAACAGUAUCUCCGAAGCAUAUGCUGGUACCUUCACGGACUAUGCGCUCACGGCUCCGCCGGACAAUAUCGACAAUGCUGUUAUUGCAGUGGGAGUUCAGCACAAGACUGCUCAAAUGGAGUUGAUCAGUGGCCUCCUUGCGAUCGAGGGUGUAGAGCCGUCAGCCCGCACUGUACAGUUGUACAAGUCUCUCACAGAUCCGGAAGCAAGUGGCAUACACCGCAUGCGUACGGAGGGUCUCAGUGACGGCCCAGGCUUGUUGGAUACCCAGGGAUGCAAGAUCACGACUCCCGAACAUCUCCGCCUUGCACACAGCCUCUUUGAGUUUUCUUCCGGCAUGGUCCAAGGUGUACCGGACUGGUGGGAGGAAGACGGUACCUUCCAUGACUCGGACAGAGCUUUGAGGUUCAGGCAGGCCGCAGAACUGUAUGCCAGGGUUAAGCGUUGGGGUCAGGUAGCGGGUGAAAGCGAUCCCGCAGUCGCCACGGACAUGCAAGGGCUCUUUGCGCAGAUCAAUGCGCUGGAGGAGGAGGAUAUACGCUUCACAAAAGAUCUUCGGGAGGAAGUGCAUCGGCGCGAGCUUGAUCUCCUUCAACAGUAUCUGCAAACUCAUCCGCACGCGAAGGUGCCGCCAGAGGUCCAGGCUGAGCUGGACAAAAUCCCCGGAGGUCCGGCUCGCAAGAAGAAGAUCGAGGAGAAGCUCGCGGAGAUCCGCGACGCAGAGGGACUCGAUCAUUGGGGUCUCCCAAAGCGCGGACGUCCGGCGGAUGCAGCAUCUCCGCGAGAGGAUCCGGGUUACAAGGGUAAAGGCAAAGGCUGUGAGGUUGAUUGA